GGUGCCCAGGUGGAGCUGCUGCUUGUAUGGACCUGUGUCUUGAGACGGAAGGGCAGCCUCUCUGGGGAACACUCCAAAGGGUCCCCAGACCUGACACAUCAAGAUUAACACCUGAGGAUUUGGAGCUGAGUGAUAAGAAAGGAUGCUGGAGCUUUCCAUGGGUCCUGGAUCAUCAAUCCCAAAUCUGAAAAUAUUAAAGUUUUUCUGAAAAUUUAUGAAUCUCUGAGGUGAACUUAAUAACACAAUUGCAGAAUCUUGAAUCACCUGAAUUCCUAUCCUGGUUCCCACAGAACGUUCAUUUGGGUCUAGGGAGAAGGUCUUCUAAUGAUCCCAGAGCUGUCAUGAUAAUUAUCUACCACCACUUCAGGGAGAUGCUGUAGUAUAAAGUAGUGUUGGCUCUGCUAUUGGACAAACACAGAUGAAGAUCCUGGGUCCAUUGUUUACCAGCCCCGACUCUGGGCAAGGCUGCAGAAACACUGGGUGCACAGUGGCUCAAGGUUCAGGAUGGCUGAGGAAUAUGAUCCUGCUCCAGGCAAGCUGUGGAUACUGUAUUGCCCUGACUUGUGGAAGCUGUUUUAAGCCUCCUUUCUUCAUUUCAUCAUAAAUUACCAUUAAGGUUGUCAUCAUCAUCACUAUGAUCAACUAGACAGAAGAAAAGUGGACAUCUGUCCUUUUCAUCCUCCUAACUUCUCCCCAUUCAGUCUUCCAUUAUCCAAAGAGUGACCAUCAGGAUGGGAAGGAGCUGAAUAAACUGAUCCCUCAAAGGUGGAGGAUUUUUUUAAAUUGAGGUGAAGAGACAACUCUGUCCCUUGGAAAUAAGGGAUGUUUAUCGAAGAGUCAACUAAGAGACCUCGUGGCCUUAGGUGUGGAAUACUUUAUCCUGCUUUCCAAAGCAUGUCCCUGCAUGCACUAAAUUGGAGGAAAUUCCUUCCAGAACUCAAGCCCAGAAGGCUGACAAUGCUGUUAAUGGCAGUAUACUGAGUCAGCACAACCUUACCCACCGCAAUGUGUUUCUGAAGUGCAGGUCCAGCAGCUGUGUUAAACUAUACACUUGAUGCUUUAUGGGACCAAGGCAGAUUAGAUCAUGCAGAGAUGACCAGCCUGGGAUGAACUGAGACAGGAGUCUUGCUGCUAAGGUAGGAGCAGAAUACUCAGGACCCAUGUGAGAGGAUCCAGAAGAGAAAGGUGCAGAGUCCGGCUUGGAGCCCACAACAGUCUUGCCUUUAACCACCUUAGAAGAACUCCUAUAGAGAUGCUGACAGUGUGACGGUGACACCAAAGCUGCAGAACAUUCUAGUGGUGAAGAGAGACCGGAGGAGUUUCCAAACUGAAAAUCUGAAAGAUUUUAUUUAUCAGAGAGAGAGAAGGCGCACAGUGGGAGAGUGAAAGGGGGAAGCAGAUACCCAGCUGAGCAGAGAGCCCAACAUGGGACUCGAUCCUAGGACCCUGGGAUCAUGACCUGAACCAAAGGCAGAUGCUUAACCAACUGAGCCAACCAGGAGCCCCCACUGUAUUACAGGAAGAACAUUUACCUAUUGCCUUGACAACAACCUGCAGCUCUAAUGCACAUAAACCUGGAUGCUUUUUGUCAUUCUGAUGGUAAAUGAUGAGACAGGCAACCAUGGAUUUCAGCACUCCGUCUGUGUUUGAUCAGCAAAAAGAAUGCUGCAUUAAUACAAGUUCAAGGUAUAAAGCCGUAACCAAUGAAGACUUUUCCACCCUGCCAAACUCUCCUAGCCACAAAGCAAAACCAUGUGACUCAUCUGAAGAAGUCGACCUGACCAUGGUUUAUCAGGCAGCUUCUAAUGGAGAUGUCAAUGCUCUGACUUCAGUAAUUCGGGAAGACCCUUCCAUCCUAGAAUGCUGUGACAGUGAAGGAUGUACACCCUUGAUGCAUGCGGUUUCUGGACGUCAAGUGGACACAGUGAAGCUGUUGUUGAAGAUGGGGGCCAAUAUUAACAUGCAGGAUGCUUAUGGUCGCACAAGUCUGUGCCUGGCAACCUAUCUGGGUUGGCUGGAAGGCUGUGUGAGUCUGCUUAGAAAUGGUGCCAAGCACAAUAUCCCAGAUAAAAAUGGCCGUCUGCCACUGCAUGCUGCCACUGCUGAGCCCGAUGUGAGGCUCCUAACAGUCUUGGUGCAACAGUCAAAUCUCAGCGAGAUUAAUCACCAGGACAAUGAGGGAAUGACACCGCUCCACUGGGCCGCUUUCCAUAACCAGCCUCAACAUACUCAAAUGCUGCUGAAGAAGGGAGCAGACCCCACGCUUGUGGAUAAAGACUUUAAAACAGCUCUCCACUGGGCAGUCCAGAGUGGAAACAGAAUCCUGUGUUCCAUUAUCCUGAGCCACCACCAAGGGCCGUCCAUCGUCAACUACGACGACGAGAGUGGGAAGACGUGCGUGCACAUCGCAGCGGCAGCGGGCUUCAGUGAUAUCAUUAAUGAGCUGGCCAGAGUGCCUGAGUGUAACCUGCAGGCUCUGGAUGUGGAUGACAGGACCCCACUGCACUGGGCUGCUGCUGCAGGGAAGGCAGACUGUGUCCAGUCACUGCUGGAGCUGGGCAUGGACAGCAACCUGCGGGACACCAAGGAGAGCACACCCCUGGCCUAUGCCCUGUACUGUGGCCACGCAGCCUGCGUCAGACUCCUCUCCCAGGAGAGCAGAAUAGAGCCUGCUCGACCUCUUCCUUCCCAGAACAGUAGACCCCAGAAGAAGGAGGGACGAUUCAGCAUGCUCAACCAAAUCUUCUGCAAAAACAAAAAAGAAGAGCAGAGGGCCUAUCAUAAGGAUCACAGCAGGGAUCGAUACAGGGGGGAGAACACCUCGGAAGUCGAUGACAUCAUCACUACCUUUGACAGCAUCACGGAGACCAACUGCCAAGAAGAGCCUGGUGGUCAGGUGGCUAUGAUUGACUUUAAGAAGCGGACCUUGGAGAAUUCAAAAUAUCUCUUGCCAGAAAAGAAGCCUCUGGCCCAUAAGGGGCUUCCACCAAUCAGAACGCAGAGUCUCCCACCCAUCACCCUGGGCAAUAACUUCCUCACGGCUUCCCAGGGGGCCACUUCUCAAGCCGGCCUGAACUCUGGUACUCAUCAGAUGGCCCCGAGAUCUCAGAAAAGUCGAAGUGAGCAGGACUUACUGCACAACAGAACUGGCUGCCAGACAUUGCUAGAUCACCCCUGGAGAGGCGAUUCCAACCAGGUGUUCUGUAAAGCCUGGACUGUGUCUUCUUCUGAUAAGCUGCUAGACAGAUUGCUCACCAGCAAGGCUGGUCACCAGGAGGUCUUGGGGCUGCCCCAACUUCCUCACCUAUACAAUCCUUCAUCAGGACAAAAUUUUCAGCAUCUGUCCCCAAACAGACCCCAGAUCAGGGACCUUCCUAUCACCCGGAACAACCUAGCUCCUCUGCCAGACCAAAAAUUUCUGUCUGGAGGACCUCUGCGGACAAACCGAGUGCUUCCUGCUAUUCCAAGCCAACGGGGACACAGCACAGCAGCCGAGGACAGAGAAAGCUUGGCCAAUCCCGCCACUGAUGAAAAUUAACUGUGGGUCACCAGCUGUAAAAAUAGAGAUUACAUAUAUUUUCAGCCGUCAAAAAAUUAGAUUACUCUAUAGUUUGUGAGAACAGAGUGAUGUAGUAAAUUGCGUUCUAGAAGCCAUUCACAGUUUUAUAACUCUUUAUUCCAAUGAUGCUUCCCAAAGAAGUGCUUGGAAUCUUUGAUUGUAUAUAUGUUUUAAGUCUGUGAGUUUCUGUGGCGUCUCCAUGCCAAAAUAAAAAGUCACAAUAUGUUAUCAGCGGGGAGACUUUGCUGUGUUUUGUUUGCAUUGUGGCAUCCCCAUAUUUUUUUCCUAAAUGAUUUUGUUUUAAAAAUACAUGCUUUGCUGAAUAAAAAACAACAGAAAAGUA